GUGUUUGUGUGCGUGAGUGAGUGUGAGUGGGUGCGUGUGAGACACACAGGACUGCCAAUUAAGAACCGAGUGAAAAAUCGAACAGAAAACCAGUGCUUUAGACAAAGGCGAAAAUUUCGCCACUCGCAAGGAAAGUCCAACAGAUCGUUUGUGUGCAUAUGAAAAAACGGCAACGUCAACUCCCUGGGUCAAGCUGCAAUCUGAAAUGAGAUGCAAACCCGAAGACGCCUCCAUCAAACGGAUCAGGAUUACAGCAGCAGCAGCAGUACCUAUACCAUUCAAGAGGAUCAGCAGGGAGGAGCAGGCGCAGGAUCUGGAGGAUCGGGAGCAGUUGUCGGAUCGGGACUAUUAGCACAGUCCUUGGUUCAACCACCAACUGCCCACGAGGCGGCCAUCCACAUUGGGGACACCACCCACACUGGGGAAUCCCUUGCAGCCGAAGACUACUCGGACGACAAGUACGGCAAGGCGGCCCGCCAGUGGAACCUCCGCGCCCUCUCCGGCCAGGCACUGCGCACCCUAAGUGCAGCCGCUGCCGUGGUCACCGGCAACCAACCGGGCAUCAACAACAAUAGCCAAAGCAACUACAGCAGCUACCCCGCUUCCAUUCCGACCAGUUCGCAAUUUAACCAACCGAAGGAGGAGCACCAGGAACCAGAACCAGAGUUGGAGAUCUUCGUCAUGGCCGCCCGCGACAGGACGGGCGAGUUCGCCAACGCGAUUCGAUCGCUGCAGGCACGCAACAUCACCCGGGCUGUCAAUAUCCGCGAUCCCCGCAAGGCCAAACAGGUGCAGAGCUACUCGGAGUUCAUGAUGGUGGCCAGGUUCAUCGGCAAGAACAUAGCCAGCACCUAUGCCAAGCUGGAGAAGCUCACCAUGCUGGCCAAAAAGAAGAGCUUAUUCGACGACAGACCGCAGGAGAUCCAGGAGCUGACGUACAUAAUUAAAGGCGAUUUGAAUGCGUUGAAUCAACAGAUUGCCCGACUGCAGGACAUCUCUAAGGACCAGCGUCGUCACACGAACGGCAAACACCUGAUGUCACAUUCCUCGAACAUGGUACUCGCCCUGCAAUCCAAGCUGGCCAGCAUGAGCACGGACUUUAAGCAGAUCCUUGAGGUGCGCACGGAGAACCUCAAGCAGCAGAAGACGCGACGGGAUCAGUUUAGCCAGGGACCAGGUCCUUUGGCCGCUCACACCGUCUCCCCGUCGACGGCCAAGCAGGGAUCGCUUCUGCUUAGCGAGGAGAACCAGGCAGUAAGCAUAGACAUGGGCAGCAGCGACACCACACCGCUUCUGUCAACCCAAACACAGAUGGCCAUCUACGACGAUUCUGAUAACUACGUCCAACAGCGGGCGGAAACCAUGCAAAAUAUAGAAUCUACCAUCGUUGAACUCGGUGGCAUUUUCCAGCAGUUGGCGCACAUGGUCAAGGAGCAGGAGGAGAUCGUGGAGCGUAUUGACACGAAUGUGGCGGAUGCGGAACUGAAUAUCGAGGCGGCCCACGGCGAGAUCCUCAAGUACUUUCAGUCUGUCUCCAAGAACCGCUGGCUUAUGAUCAAGAUAUUCGGCGUUCUCAUAUUCUUCUUCCUGUUCUUCGUUGUUUUUAUGUCGUAAUCGAACGCCCAUCGCCCAUAAAAAGCCCCAUGUACCUACCCAUGUAUACAGCAUUUUAAGUUAACCAAGAUUUAAUCACAACAUUGUUUAUUCCAAGCUGUGGCCUCCCGGAACGAUUGUAAAAUAAAGUUAUAAAUACGUAAA